AUGGUUCUUGGAGCGCUACGAGAUCGAUCGACGACUUGGAGAAAAAAGCGGUUCUUAUUACCGGAUGCGACAGUGGGUUCGGCCGAGCUCUUGCCCUUCGUUGCGCUGAGAAAGCAAUGCCUGUGUUCGCAGAGUCCAUUCGAGGAACUUCGAGAGCUAUCGAAAAACUGCAGGACUCCUAUUGACGCAUUUCUUAUGGACGUCUCAAGUGAUCAAAGUGUAACAGAAGCCGAAAAAAUACCUAGAGUCCCGGACUGUCAAAUUCGGCGAAGGGGAAGAAUCAGUGACCAUAGUUUACACGGUCUGGUGAACAACGCUGGCAUACUGGGCAAAGAGUUCUUCGACGACUUUUUGACAGUAGACGACUACAAGGCGGUGGCUGAAGUGAACGCAUGGGGCGUGAUUCGAGUCACACAAGCGAAUGAAGCCCCUAGUGAAAAAAGUGAGAUAUUUAACCCUGAUUCUUGCAGAGGCCGUAUUGUGACAAUUACAAGUAUAUGUUCACGUAUUGGCAUUAUGGGCAUCGGACCGUACACUACGGCAAAAUUUGCCGUAACUGGAUACUGUGAUGUUAUCAGACAGGAGAUGCGGCUGUUCGGUGUUUCGGUGCACGUAAUAGAACCAGGAUUCUUCAAAACAACUCUCAUUAGUCCUGAAAACGUAGACAAGCAGCUUAUGUCUAUGUAUGAGAGUUGUCCAGAUGACGCGAAACGUGAGUAUGGCCACCAGUUUUUCAUGGAAAGUGAGUUGCUUGUCGUGGUU